UUCUGGAAAGCGCCACUGCCGAACCACCAAUUGAAGCAGCCAAGCACUUGCAUCUUACCCCAUCCCCAUUUCGCCGAGGAACCCUUACCACGAGCGAUCUCCAGCGACGCGAUCGCACGCCAAUUCAACAUGACAAAUCCCCUUGUCCUACGCGAGAAGCCAUAUGUGUCGUCCAACUUGACUGCAAUUGUGCUGGGCACGGUCAGUGGUCUCGUUAUCGUCAUCCUGUUCUCGACUCUGAUAUUUCUCCAUCUGCGACGUCGCAGCCGAGACAAGCGCGAGUGGCCUAAGGAUCCACAAGAGCUGGAAGACUACGGCAUCGACCCGUCACAGGUGAAGCCACCUCAGAAGGCAUAUCAGCAGUCAGGAACGAACCAAAAACCCUUUGUUCCCCCGGGCGGCGGAUCGUCCCGUGAAUCAUUGAACUCGCUGGCACGAGAUAUACAAGACAAUCCGUUCGGACCGAAGGCCGAGAUAAUAUCCGGCGAUUCGAAGGCCGCGGAGGCGUCGCAACGAUAUUAGCAAUAUUCCCUCGACGAGCAAGGGUGUUGGGUUGAGAGAUGUAAGAUCAAGAAACAUUGCAUGAUGGUGCCACGAGGCCUUGGCAGAAUGGAGUGGCCCCGAAACCGUGUGUCGAGUCCCUCGAUCCUCUUUCGCCGGCGGUCAACAUCAUUGCCAUGACACUGCCAUGACGCGCAACAAUCGGCCUGGAAUUGCCAGAUGG